CUAAAUCUGAAUCGAUUUGUGGCGCCAAAACUUACCCCUUUUUUGUUGUUGUUGGAAGACACCACAGAAGUCAACAUUCCAAACAAAACGACAAGGAAGAAGGGUGGCUCUACUAGCUAGCUAGAAGCUGUCAGCUGCCAAUACAAGAUCAAGACUACCGGUAUAGAUAUCAGGAGAAGUAGACGAAGGAGCAAAGUGGCAGUAGUGACACUACUACCAUGUCUUUGCCAUCAUCCCAAGAUGGCGCCACCAAUGACGCGGCCAAUGACAUUUUGGAGUCCCUGGUAGUGGACUGUCAUGUGGAAGUCGAAGAUCGUACAUGGCCCGGAAUGAACAAACAAGGCGGAAUCGCCAGAGUCAAAGCCAUCGAUCGGGAGGGUCGUACUGUCGAUGUUCAGUAUGUGGUAGACAGGCGAAAGGAAAAGACCAUUUCACUGGAGUAUAUUGUCUUGGCGCCAGAGUAUGAUACCCAUCGACAGGAAACAACCUUGCGUGAUCGAUCCAAAAGAACGGAACGAUGUACCUGGUGUUUAUCGUUCAGAGAAGAUUGUGGAUCUUGUGAUUCUGUCCACACAAAAUUCCUUUUUAACUACAGCACUCUGCAACGCCGAUACGACGCUCAGAGAAGCAGUGGAGACAAGAGCAAGAAGAAUUGCAACAAUAAGCAAGACAAUCCUAUUGAAGAAGCAGCGUAUGAUUCGUUAUCUGAGGAUGAAGAGCAGGAAAGCCUUGAGGACAUCAAAAAGAAAAAAGAUGCUUUGUUUAAGAGGGUGAAAACUAGAGCGGAAGAGGACGAAGCAUACCUCAGGGAAAGAGAGGAGGAAGCUGAGGCAGAGAGAGUCAGGGCAGAGGAAGAAAGAAAACAAAACCGCGAGAAGCAAUCAUCUACGGUGGAUCACAGUAUAGCCACUGAUGGUGCAGACUUAGAAGACAGCGAUGAAGAUUUGAGUCGAGUGACGAAGCGCAGAUUUGUAGGAAGAAUCAGGGAGAAAUACAGACGAAAGGAGAGGGUCUCAGAAACAACAGGGGAUGGAGCAACCAACAAGAUCCCACCAACGAACAACAAUCCCCAGAGACGGACAAGGAAAAAGCAACGUAUGAAUGAUAGAUCCACUUCUGUGCUAGAGUUGGUAGGUUCUCCUCCAGCAACGGACUCUUCCAAAAGAACCUCUACAGCGGAGAAAGAGAACCUCAGCCCGCCAAAAGAUCAUGAGGUGGGAACACCCUCAACAAGAUCAGGAUCCGAUAGCCAGGACUGCAUUGCCGAGGACUGUGGUGAUGACGAGGAAGAGAAUGCAGACAACAACACGUCGUCGUUUUUGACAAUGGAUAUUGGAGAGAAUGAAGUUGAGGAUUCUUCAGACGAGCAGGAACAUGGUGGCAUGGACUCGCAAGAUGUCAUGGAACAUCAAGGUGGCCCCUUGCUUGCCGAUACUCACGACGACGACGACGACGAACAGCAUGAGAUCGCAGAUGACACUGUACGUGGACCUAAUGGACUUGUCUUGAAGGAUUUCAUUAUGCCGGAAGGCCGAGACGUUGCAGAUCAUCUACCUGAAGACAUUAAUGAUAGGGCUGCCGAUGUCGCAUACAUGGAUCUUCCCAACUUCUUCGACACAGAGGCAAGCCGUCUAGAGAGUGAGUUGAUUCCUGAUGCCAAGUUGAGUGUAGCGCGGCUGCAGCGGAAAGUCAAUCAACGGAUAUCAAACAAUGGCGACGGUUUGCACGAAUUGACUGCAGCUUGUGACUCGAUGAUUCAAGAAAUCACAACCAACCUUAUCCGAGAUGGCCUUGAUCAGUGCAUGUCUGCAGUCAAACAGUUGACGGACGAAAAGAGAUACAAGAGAGAGAAAAAGAACCUAUCAAGAGAGCAGCGGAAGAUCAUGCGUAAAGAAAUGGAGUUAAAAAUUCUCGCCAGGGACGCUCGGUUCGACGCUCUUCAGCGAGAUAUCGACGAGCUGGUCGAUCAAGUUCAAUACGCAAAGAGGAGCUUGGUCGUAUCCGAUGAUUUGUUCCAGGGAAGCCAGGACGAGAGCAGUGACAGCUAUGGCGACGAUGAGAUGCUGGGCAGCAGUGAUAGCGACAUGGAGGAACGACAUUCAGCAUCACUUGAAAACAGCCCACAUGUUCCUGAUGAGCUCCACCACAACCUCCCACCUUAUGACAGACACGAACACGCAUUGACGAAGCGAAAGAGUUCGCAGAGAGCUAUUACCAAAAGAGACAAGAAACGUUCUACAGAUCGUCGAGACAACCAAGGGCGGAGGGGACCACUUCGAGAGAUGAAGACUAUGGAUUCUCCACUAAGAACAUCGAGAUCAUCUAACUUAAGGAAGAGACAACGUGAUGUCACCGAAAGCCGAACCGAUGACACAAUAUCACGGCAGCUCUCGCGUCCUGCAACCAGAGGACGUAGACAUGGCCUAGGGACGCGAGCAAGAAAGGUCGUUGCUUCGAGACGGCUCCAUCGAAAGAAGGGAGCUACCCAGCGUAAGACCACGGUGUCUGCGUUUGAGGAUAGAUUGCUGGAAAUCGUUCACGCAAAAGCUGAUAGUUCUAGUGGAGACGACUCGGUCGACACUGCGAAAGAGCAAACUGAUGCCUCAUCACGGCGGCGAUUUAAGAAGAGAGAAGACCGGACAGCACCAAGAGUUCCUUACAAAACGAACAGCAAUCAAGCUCGCCGGAAAUCGAACAGCUCCCUUCAGACUCGGACCCAAAUCGCCGCGGCGUCUUCGCGACGUCAAUACAGGGUCCGCAACGACAAUCAGGAACUCAGUGAACCCGUUGGUCAACGUGGCGGCACCGAGUGCGAAGACGCUAACGGCGACAGAAUUCGCUAUUCGUCAACGGGUACGCGUCAACUUUUUUCACGCCUGGGCAAUGACAAACGAAUUCCUCCUGACUCGACCGCAGGACGAGGGCAACAGGACGACAGCACUGUCAUGCAUGGAGCGGAGGACCUAGGUGACAUUCUCGAUUCAGUUGAAAGGCUCCGCCCUUCAGAUGAUCGAGCGGCGUUUGUUCGCAAGCUCAAGAGCAUGUCACAGCUUCUCACUGCCGCGACCGGUGCAAGCACGCAUGAAACGGCUUCUCGUGGUUUCGCAACAGUAUUGAAGCUAUUCCAUAAGCAUUGCUCAACAACUCUGCAGGAAGCCCUGACCCAAGAAGGAGCCGCCCACGUUUCCUUCGUUGCGGUUCUGACGGAAACACUCAAAAUGAUCGAGAAAAGGCUGCAUGCCAAGCUAAACUCCGACGAUGGGCUUGCUUUCAAGAUAUUCGCAGAGGACGACAGUAAGGCUUUCAUUUCAGCGGUGGUUUUGCAGCUGGUCGAUGCACUCUAUUCGGUCUUCCACCCCGCAGCAUGGGCAAACCCUUUCCAGAGCGCUGGAACAAACAAGACGGAUGUAGCCAUAUUGAAUGACUUGAUUCCACUGAGAGACGCUCUCUCGAGAGUUGUGGAUUUGCCACAGAGUGUGUGCAGUUGUAUUGCCUCUGACAUGUCGACACAGGAGUGGAGAGUCGCCAGUAACGGAGAGAAACGUGCAUUUGUCACCUCAGCUGAUCAACGGGCGUGGACUGGGCUGUUGGAGGAGGGGCAACGUAUGGAAGAAUCGAAAGUUUCGCGAUGGUCACAAUUCAAAAUUGGUCUUCCCAAAUGUGAGAUCGAGGCUGCAUGGAAAAUUCUUGCGUUUUUGGCCGAUGCAGAAUACCCCUCGAAAGCUUCAUCCGAUCUACCUGUCCGCUUUGCAUCGAGACUCCUCCUCCGUGGGGUCCUCAAUACCAAAACCAUUUCCAACUCGGGAAGCAACUCCGGCGAGGCUCUUGGGCCCAGUCCGUUGCAGCUUGACGCUUGCCAAAUUGAGAUGAAACAUCUUUGCUCUCUGCUACGAUCCAGUGCCUUCGGAGCGCUUCCCAAGAACGAUGACAAGUUCGGAGACAUCGUCAAGCGAGCCCUGUCAUUGCACCACGAAGCUUACGUUGCCAAUCAACAACUCUUUUUGCCAAAGUGUGGAGAUGCGAGUACCAAGAGAGCAGACUUGAAAACAAUUAAGCGUAUGUGGCACACUUUCCUUUUGUCACCAUCAGAGUUGACGUCGUCAGGAAGUCCUGUUGUGGGAGACUUUCUCAACCAGCCCCUAGUGCUUCCGUCCUGCUCGUUUUUGAGACAAGUGAUGGCCUUGGUAUUCAUAUGGACACGAUCAGUGCCCUUGCAGACAGCACGUAUCAAUCGAUUCAAGGCUGCGAUUCGUGGUAUUGUUGGAGAACUGAUCAAAGCAGCCGAGUUAGCGGAGAAGAACACGAAGGAUUCCACUCGCUGCGGGGAACCUGAUUUGUUUGCUCUUGCCUUCUCCGCAGACCGAAGCGCCAACUUGGGAUGGCAAGGCACGUAUCUCCGCGAGGCUGGUGCCUAUGUAGAUCUUAUCGCACUAAUAGCUUUGAAGCAAAGCUUUGUAUCCAACGGACGAGAAUACUCGAAGAGCACUGGCAGCGCUCGAGUUGCGGAGACAGCCAAGGAGGUGUGGAAAAAGAUGGCUGAUUCAGCAAUGGUGUGUCGGCAACUGAGAAUUCUCAGUUGUUCGAGCUCCAAUGCUGUUGAUUCAGUCUACCAAGGGGACGACUAUCGCCUCUAUGGUGCUGGGAAGGCAAUGACAUGUGCGACUCAUGCGUUUCUGGGAGUUCAGCCUUGGCGCGAUGACUCUGAGAUCCCUCAAUUGGCUGAUGGGUGGAUGGGCAACGGGACGGCAGACGGGGAAAGUCUUGUGUUUCUAUUCUCAAGUCUGGUUGCAUGCUUAGAUUGUUGCUGUGACAAGAAAUCUCCGAACCAGCAAGUUACCACAAGCCUCUUUACAUGCAUUGCUACCUGUCUGAGCCUUGUCUACCGCCAAUUAGUUUCCAAAGAGCCGAAUGAUAACGUCGAGCAUUUGAUCGCCUUCGGAAAAGUUUCAUUGACUAUGAUAUCACGAACGAUCAAGAAAUGUUUCUCUACUUUUGCACGAGACUGCGUCUUUGGAGUGGAGGCAAGCAUUUGUGUUCGGUCAUUGCUCACAUCGCUUCAGGGAGCUGCGGUUUUGACUGCGCACAUAAAGCUUGCACAUGCAUCAAAUACGACGAAUGAGUCCAGUGGAGAAGGUUCUUCUCAACCUGAUGCGAUCGAAGACUUGUGGGGAGACCUCAGGGAUGAAGAUAUUGCUGGAAUGGGCAUCAUUGCAGAAAACGGUACCACUGAAGGCCGACAUGGCGACGAAAACGACCUCUUUAGACUUCUUUGCGAUGCCCUCAUCCAUUCAAAGCCAUCUAGUAUGUUCGUGGUUGAAAACCAGCAGCACCCAACAACCGACCGACACGACCUGCAUUUAAGCCCGCAAGGCAAGUUGCUUGUGGAUAAGCACAAGCACUACAUCUGUGAUUGCCUUGCCGCACUUGCGGCAACCUUGGAUGACAAGUCAUCACGCAGUUUGUUUUCGUUUAUGGAACAACUUCACACCAUGCCAUCUGACGAUGACAUGCCAUAUUACGAUGAAUUGGCGUUGCUCAUGUCUCUAUCCCUCUGCAACAUGGUCAAAGUCAAUCCCAAGACAGCUGCUGCAGUGGUCGCAACCAAGGACUUGAUUCUUCCCAGCUUGAUGGAUCAAAUGCUUGAUAGCGCUGUCCUAUGCAAGUUCCCGACACAAAAUGAGCCCCUUAUCAUCAGCAUGGGCGGGCGGGGCAGUGAAGAAGCUCUGAAUCGACUUGUCGACGAGACCAAGGGCGGAGAUUCAAUGCUUGGCGAAGAGGUGUGGCAAUUUUGCGAAGAUUUUGCAUCAGCCUUGAGGAACAAGGAAGGUGCACGACCGGGAGAUGCGGACGUCGAUCUCGGAGAAAAGCUCUCAGCGGAGCUAGCCUUCCAAGGCGAAGUCUUUGGCAAGCUCCAUUUCGUUUCAAUGGAGAAGGAGUGCUUGAAGAGGAUCGUGAUACUGACCUUCAUUAUGCGACAACGCACUUGGGAUUUUGAGCGCAUCUGUUAUCACUUCGUUGCAAAGUCAUCAUUCGAAGUGCUGAAGCUCUCCGAACAGAUCAGUGAUGCCACCGAGGGGGAGCAAAACGCUGGCGACACAAAGUACGGCUACGCCAUGUUGUUAGCGCUAUAUUCGACGUACGCGGAGAUGCACAUUGGUCUACUUUGCUGGAUGCUCCACCAGGAGAGAGUUAGGAGUGCCAUGAAGCCACUCGUCGCGUACAUUAGCAACGAUUACUUCCCUUCCCUUCUCCAAAACAACGAGGAAGCCGCCAACAAGGCCUUGCAUGAAAUGAUCAAUACAUCACAGAGUGGAUCCAGAGGGGUAUCACAGGCUGAGAUCGACUCCAGGACUAAGCACAGGCUGAAGCGGCAUCCCAACUUGAAAGUCACAAUGCUUCGUGAGAGUCUUUGUCGACGAAGCCGAGAAUUGUUCCUUCUCGAUAGCCACAAUGAUAGCAGGAUUUUCCAAUCUUUGAUUUCAAUCGGAAGCGGAAGGGUUGCCGAUAGCUCGUCCCUGCGCAGAACAAUUUGCCGUGGCCUAUCCACGUUUUCACCUACGGCCAGCAGGUCUGACCCAUUGGGCUCGAAUUGGUCUGCUGCUUUGGACUGCUUCAUGACAAUGCGAUGCCCCAAUGACACAGCGACGCAAGAACAGCUUUGGUUGUUGCGACACAGGAUUGUGCAAGACCACCUUAUUCCCCGACUGCGACUCUGGCAAUCCAACCAAGAUGCUCAAGCCAAGACGGGUAUCAUUCGCUUUGUUACGGCGCUCAUUGAGGCAGAGAGCAGUGGGACUAUUUUCAGUGUUGGUGACGGGACAAAUGGUGACGUUAGUCUUGCUUCACUGAAGGAAAUUGUACGGGGUCUGUCUUUCUCGCUCAGGGUGCCUUUUGAAACUCCGUCUGUCGACAAUGAGUUCCUCUGCGCCAUUAUUAUGUGCGCUAAAGCCCUGGCCGACUCUUUGGUGCGUCUUGACGGUGUUGUCCCUGCGGACUACCCGACUGUGGCUGAGUGGAGCCAAUCAUUGGCAUUGGCAGAUACCACUGCAUCCACGAAUGCCCUGGACUCUGACGACGAUGAGGAGGUUCUUACUGCCUUGUAUGUGUGGCAUUCCCUUUUGUGGUUCGAGAAGGUCUCGGAGUUGCUGGUCGACACCGAUACAAACCGCCACCAAGAGCUUUGGAGAGCAAUGGCCGAAAAGGAUCGUUGGCUGCUGUUACCACAAGAAAACGAAGCCACUCUGAAGGAUUUGACAACCCGUCUCUUUGCCUCCAAAGAAAGAGCACCAAAAGCCAUUAAUGUGUAUGCCAAAAAGAAAGUGAACGAGGGUGCACGAGGGCGAACGAAUAACGAGAGCUCUGCUAUUGAAUGGCACCCCACCCCCGCUUUGCUACGAGCAGCAAAAGCUUUCAUGGCCCAAUUGAUUCCUCUCUGUUGACGAGACAAUGCCUAGCCUAUGACGACAACUAUUAGAUUCCGAAGUUCUGUCUUAUUAAUCCAACCGAAUGUUGUGUGCUAUGUCCGUACUUUUCUUGUCACCAGCUCCCAUCCCACGCCUUCGUCACAAAGAUCGAUCGAUCCAAGAAAAGA